AUGGUCCACAGCGACUUGAGAGUCGAGUGGAUUCGACAGCGGGUUUCCAUCGCUUUUAACCUACAGGAGGAGCCGAACAGUUUUGAUGACCUGCUAAGUCGAGACGAUGGGACAGAGGAGGAUAUCAUUCGUUAUUUGGACGAUUUCGCUGAAUAUGAUACUCUAUCUUGUCUCUAUUUUUUCAAGACUGUCUGGGAGGAAGAAACUGAAGUGGAGAUCCCAGAGGAAAAAAAGAACGACAGAGACACAGAUCCUGACAAGAAGUCUGGAAGCCGAAGUGAGGAUGAAAUAACUGCAGACACAAAGGAGAUGGAAGAACUGAGUCCCUGCUAUAUGGUGGAGCAUCAAGUUGUUCAGCACAUUGAGGUUCAUGUAGCUAUAAACAACUAUCCAGAGAGAUUUUUAAAGUCUCCAGUCUUCUACUUUAUCCGGAGCACAAAGGAUGCCAUUGUUCAACCAUCGGACAUGAAGGAGGCCAAUUUCCUGAUGCCCACGCUUUUUGACAUUGGCUAUCAAUUUGGAGACCCCCUUCAGAGCCUCCAGCAAAAACUAACUUAUAUCUAUAUACCCUUAGUAACUGCUUACCAGAUGAGGGAAACUGGUGCAGGUUAUCAUAGCAGCACAGAUUCUCCUCGUGAGACGAAGAGUCAAGAGGCUGAAAAGAAGACUCAAGUGACACCAAGUAAACAUUUCCCAGUAUGUGACGAGGUGCUCCACUGCACACACAAGUUUUCGGAGCAACUCAACAAAGCCGUCGUGGAGCUACAGAUACAAGAGGAGAUUCAACUGCACAUCCCUGAACUGGACCUGGAACCAGAGGUGGAUGCUCUUCUUUCUGAUCCGGAGAUAGUUGAGAGGUUAGAGCAAUGUGUGAUGAAUUGGCAGACACACAUUACCAUUGUUGUCGAGGAGCAGCUGAGUAAAAAGCCAGAGGCCCCCGGCCCUUUGGCUGAGAUAUAUUUCUGGCAGCAGCGAAAGUCCAUCCUUGGGGCUCUGAGUGAGCGGCUUGAAAGGCCUGUUGUGAGGAAGAUCCUAAAGGUGAUGACCAAAGCAGAAGCAGCUGUUCAAAAGACGCUGGAUGAAACCAUAGCUGAGCUGACUAAAUACAGUUUAGAGGCAGAGAGUAAUGUACACUUCCUCAGCCUAUUGGAGGGAUGCUUCACGAAUCUGGCCACUGCUGCAACUUUCAAAAUGAUCCUGAAGGCCAUUCCUGACAUGAUGGAAACCCUGCAGAUUAUCUGGAUGAUGUCUAGCCACUAUAACACAAAUGAGCGUAUGGUCCCUCUGAUGGAACGGAUUGCCUGGCAGCUUUGUGACCGUGUGGACAAAGCAAUUAAUGUGCAAACACUAUUCAGAGAAAACAAAGAAGAGGCCAAAUCCAAGGUGCAUGAUGCUAAACAGGUUCUGGACCUGUGGAGGUCGUCCUACUUUAAGGCUCGAGCUGAAAUUGAGGAAGGCAACAGGGAUCCACGAUGGGAAUUUGACCGCAAGAGACUGUUUGAGAAGACUGACUACAUGGCUUCUGUCUGCCAGGAUCUAUACAAUGCUUUAAAGAUUUUGGAGGAAUUUGAUAAGAUCUUUGGCCCUGAGCUUAAAGCUGUGACUGGAGACCCAAAAAGCAUUGAUGAGGUGCUGUGCAAAGUGGACGGUGCUAUUUUGUCUUUGGAGAAAGUCAGCUUCAAUCCCUUCAAAUUUAUUAAGAUCAGCAGCUGGAAAACAAUUGUGCAGGAAUUCAACAGCACAGUUCAGGCUAUCGAAGGAGAUGCCAUUAAGAUCAUUGAUCAGUCUUUCAGCACACCUCGCUCUUCAACCGUCGCUUUUGACAUGAUUCUAAAAUUCAAAAAAAUCUGCUCAAGAGAGGUCAUAAACAACCAUCUGACUACAAAGUUUACUGAUGUCCUGGUUCAGUUCUGCAAAGAGGUGGACAGAAUAAAUGAACUCUUUGAGGCACAGAAAGACAAGCCACCAUUAAAUAAAGGUGAGCCUCUGGUUUCAGGAGGCAUCAGAUGGGCGCGGCUUCUUUCACAUCACCUCAGACAAACCAUUCUACCCUUCUUGGAAGUGCCAGAAAUGGCUAGGAGUGAAAUGGCUUACGUUGUCAAAAAUAAGUAUGUGAAAAUGGCAAAAGCAACAAAGGAGUUUGAGACGAAAAUACACAAGGACUGGCUGAGAGAGGUAGAAACCAGCUUGCCUCAGCUGAUGAAAAAACCCCUGAUGUUCAUUAAAACCAGUGAAAACCAAAGAAUAGACAUUAGACUUCCAGAUCCUCCCUGCAGGGUUUCCUUACAGAAGGAUGUGCGAUAUGUUGUCAACUUUGUUCCUGAAGUUAAGGAAAUGAUUUGUGAGACAAUAAACAUUGUGUCACUGGGCUUACCAGUGCCUUUUCUGGCUAAAAAUGUUUCUCUAUUGGAGUCUAAAUAUGCCGGGUAUGAAUAUGCUUUAAACAACCUCAUCAGCCGCUUCCAUUCUGUGAAAGACAGCUUGAGCAGGGAAAAGUCUGUCAUGCUGUCUCAACAGAUUGGAGCAGUCACAGAGGAGUUAGAACAAGGAUGUGUACAACUAAACUGGAAGUCCUCUGUUAUCCCAGACUUCAUCAGUCAGGGCAACCAGGCUGUCUCUAAACUGGAGUCAGUUGUCCAACAGAUUGACAAGAUUGAGCAGGACAUCGAGUCCAAAUUGCAGUUCAUGGUGAUGGCUGACUUACUGAAAUGUCCAGUUCCAGAAAACACAAAGGAUUUACCAGGAAUUAAAGAAUUCUGUAAAUGUACCAAGCAAACACUGGCCAAGACCAUGGAUAAACUGAUCAGGAAGUAUGCCGCUAUUGGACCCCUCAUCACUCAGACAGAACAUUUGAUCUUUGAAACCAGCAGUGGCAAAGCCAAAAGUAUGGCAGAGUACUACAAGUACUGGGAGCACAGGGUCUUGGACUCUCUUGUAAAAAUGCUGAAGAGGAACAUGGAUGCUUUCAAUGAUGCACUGAUGGGUAAUACCCCUCUUUUCCAAGUUUAUGCUAUGAUGUCUGCACCUAGAAUUGUGCUUCAGCCCCAGAGCAAUGAGAUCUACAGGCUGCUUGUGCAGUGUAUCAGAGACUGUGUAGAAAGCACCAAGCUAUUUGUGCGUUGGAUGCAUGGCACCUGCAUUGAAUGUCCUCCACAACGCGUGAAGAAUAAUGAUGAGACAGUAACUUUCAACUUCUACAGUGAUGUGUAUCAACAUCCUCAGCUAAAUGAGUGUAGCAAGAAACUGUCGGAGAACAUCCAGGGGCUGCUCUUCUCUGUGGAUCGAUAUCUAACCCACUGGAAACACUACCUGCCUCUUUGGAAAAGGAACAAAACUGUUGCCAAUGAAAAGUUUGCUGCCCAAAAUCCACCUUGGGUUAUGUAUGACGAUAAGAUGAGGUUCCUGUCAAGUAUCGGUCAGGAGGUGCUGCAGGAGCCAGCUUUCAAGUGUGAGCACAUCAUCCAUGUGAACCUGGAGCCUCUUAUUCACGCAGUGCGUGAGAACGUUGAUUCAUGGAUCAGUUCACUGGGGGGGCUUCUCCACAGGCCGACAAAAGAGUAUCUCUUCAACCUCAAAGAUGAACUUAUGCAACUCUCUACAAAGCUUGAACAGAGCCCGGACACUUUUGAAGAUCUGAAGUCUGUCCUGAGCACCAUCUCAGACAUCAGGGAUAUGUCUCUGGAUGUGGAGAUGGGGAUUAAUGAUAUCAGGGAGAUAUACAGGACACUGACCAUGUACAACGUUCAGGUUGGAGAGGAUGAACUGGAACUUGCUGCCAGUAUUAGCCAGAUGUGGUAUGACUUGUUUACAGAAUCCAGACAAGUCGACAGAAGUCUGACCAGUGUUAAGAAAUCAUUCACUAAGAUAACAAAUGAGAAGACUGAAGAGUUUCAGCAGGAGUUGUCCCUCUUUGCUGAAAGCUUCACCAUGCAUGGCCCCGGAGCUGUGGGAGAUAAUUUGGAUGAAGGCCUGGCCAUUUUAGGAAAAUAUGAGGCAGACCUUGCUAAGGUUGUGGCAGAUCGACAGGAGUUAGCUAAUGCCGAGAAGCUGUUGGAUCUGUCAGUCACUGUGUACCCAGAGAUUUUUAACAUGCAGAAGGACAUGGCAGGCCUGAGACAGAUAUACGAUAUCUAUAAAGCUCAGAAGGACGCAAAGGCAGAGUGGUCUCAGACUUUGUGGGUGGAUUUAAACAUCCAGCUCCUUCAAGAAGGUGUUGAGGGUUUCAUUAAAAGAUUGAGGCAGCUGCCCAAAGAUGUGCGGGCUUUACCUGUGGCCUUUUUCCUCGAAGGACGCCUUAAAGAGUUUAGGGAGUCACUGCCUCUUCUGCUUGACCUGAAGAGUGAGGCCCUCAGAGACAGGCACUGGAAGGAGCUGAUGGAAAGAACCGGAACAAGCUUUGAGAUGAACCCCGACAGCUUCACUCUGGAGAAUAUGUUUGCUAUGGAGUUGCACAAAUAUGCAAAUGUAAUCGGGGAUAUUGUAACCUCAGCCAUAAAACAGCUCAGUAUUGAGAAUGGGGUGAAGGAGGUAGUGGAGACCUGGGAGAACAUGAAGUUUAAUGUGCAGCCUUAUAUUAAAGACACUCAGAAGCGGGGUUUUAUCCUGGGAGCGGUGGAUGAGAUCCUUCUGAAUGUGGACAACGAUGCCAUGAACCUGCAGAGCAUGGCAGGCAGUCGAUUUGUCGGCCCUUUCCUGGGAACAAUCCAACAAUGGGAAAAAGAUCUGUCCCUCAUCCGUGAGACCAUAGAGGUUUGGCUGCUGGUGCAACGGAAAUGGAUGUACCUGGAGAGCAUUUUUAUCAGUGGAGACAUUCGCUCGCAGUUACCUGAGGAAGCAAAGAAAUUUGAUAACAUUGGCAAGAGAUUUAAAGACAUAAUGAGUGACACAGUGAUGAGUCCCAACAUUAAGAAAAGUUGUCUGGUGCCCAACCGACUGACAGACCUGCAGUCCCUGAGUGAUGGUCUGGAGAGAUGCCAGAAGAGUCUGAAUGACUACCUGGACUCAAAGAGGAAUGCGUUUCCCCGAUUCUUCUUCAUCUCUGAUGAUGAGCUGCUAAGCAUUUUGGGAAGCAGUGACCCAGCCUGCGUCCAGGAGCACAUGAUCAAGAUGUAUGACAACAUAGCAUCACUGAGGUUCGACGUGGAUAGCAAUGGAAAAACGGUAGCUGGAGCCAUGGUGUCUGCUGAGGGUGAGGUGAUGGAGCUGAGGGAGCCUGUCCCAGUGGAAGGCCAGGUGGAGGAGUGGAUGACAGGAGUGCUACAUGAGAUGAGGAGAACUAACAGACGCCUUAUCAAGGAAGCAAUCUUCUAUUACUGUAAAGACACGAGCAGGGUGGAUUGGAUGCUGUUGUAUCAGGGUAUGAUGGUGCUCGCUGCAACUCAAUUGUGGUGGACCUAUGAGGUGGAAUAUGUCUUUGAAAAUAUGAAGAAAGGAGACAAGCACGCAUUAAAGAGCUUCGCCAAGAAAAUGCACCAGCAGAUUGAUGAGCUGGUAACACGCAUCGCUCAACCAAUGAAUAAAAAUGACCGAAAGAAAUAUAACACUGUGCUGAUCAUCGAUGUCCAUGCCAGAGAUAUCAUCGACAGCUUUCGCAUGAACCAAGUAAUGGACGUUCGAGAUUUUGAGUGGGAACGCCAGCUAAGAUUCUACUGGAUCAAACAACAUGAUGGCCUAUUUGUGCAUCAGUGCAGCGCCACUUUCUCUUAUGGCUACGAGUACAUGGGAUUGAACGGACGGUUGGUGAUAACCCCGCUAACAGACAGAAUCUACGUCACCCUCACACAGGCUCUCUCCAUGUUCCUGGGUGGAGCUCCUGCUGGACCGGCUGGCACAGGAAAAACUGAGUCCACAAAGGAUCUGGCCAAAGCUUUGGGCCUUUUCUGUGUGGUUACAAACUGUGGUGAGGGGAUUGACUACAUGGCUGUGGGUAAGAUAUUCUCAGGGCUUGCUCAGUGUGGAGCUUGGGGCUGCUUUGAUGAGUUUAACCGUAUCGAUGCCUCUGUGCUGUCGGUCGUCUCAUCUCAGAUCCAGACAAUCCGCAAUGCCCUCAUUAUGCAUCUUAAAAAGUUUAAUUUUGAAGGGCAAGAGAUCAGCUUGGAUGACCACAUGGGGAUUUUCAUCACCAUGAACCCUGGUUAUGCAGGACGCACAGAGCUGCCCGAGUCAGUCAAAGCUCUCUUUAGGCCAGUGGUAGUCAUUGUGCCUGACCUGCAGCAGAUAUGCGAGAUCAUGCUCUUCUCAGAAGGCUUCCUCAUGGCUAAGGUGCUGGCAAAAAAGAUGACAGUGCUGUAUAAGCUGGCUCGUGAGCAGCUGUCCAAGCAGCCCCAUUAUGACUUUGGUCUACGAGCUCUAAAGUCUGUGCUCGUGAUGGCAGGAGAGCUGAAGAGAGGCUCACCAGACCUCAGUGAGGAUGUGGUGUUAAUGCGUGCUCUCAGAGACAUGAACCUACCAAAGUUUGUGUUUGAGGAUGUGCCUCUGUUCCUCGGGCUGAUCUCUGAUCUGUUCCCUGGGCUCGACUGUCCUCGUGUUCGUUAUCCAGACUUCAAUGAUGCUGUGGAACAAAUCCUACAAGACAACAAAUAUGUCUCACUUCCUAACCAGGUGGAUAAGGUGGUGCAAAUGUAUGAGACCAUGAUGACUAGACACACUACCAUGGUUGUGGGCCCAACAGGUGGAGGGAAAUCAGUUGUGAUCAGCACUUUGUGUCAAGCUCAAACCAAACUGGGAUUGCAUACCAAGAUGUAUCCUUUGAACCCUAAAGCCAUGAGUGUCAUUGAACUUUACGGUAUUCUGGACCCUGACACUCGAGACUGGACUGAUGGGAUCUUAUCCAACAUUUUUCGUGACAUCAACAAGCCUACUGGCAAAAAGGAGCGCAGGUACAUCCUGUUUGAUGGGGAUGUUGAUGCUCUGUGGGUGGAGAACAUGAACUCAGUAAUGGAUGACAACAAGCUCCUCACUCUUGCCAAUGGAGAGCGGAUCCGUUUACAGAGUCACUGUGCCCUGCUGUUUGAGGUCGGUGAUCUGCAGUAUGCCUCUCCUGCCACAGUUUCCCGCUGUGGAAUGGUGUUUGUUGACCCCAAAAAUCUGCGGUAUAACCCAUACUGGCAGAGAUGGGUGAAAAACAGAGCUUCUGGGGAACAAGAAGUGCUCAACAGAUUGUUUGAGAAGUAUGUGCACAGCUCGAUUGACAUGAUCGUGGAUGGCAUCAUUGAUGGUAAACAGGGACAGAAACUAAAGACUGUUGUACCUCAGACAGACCUGAACAUGGUGACUCAGCUGUGUCUGACUCUGGAUGCAUUGCUCGAGGGUGAGCCCAGCAGUGCUGAUGUCCUGGAAUGUUUCUUCAUUGAAGCUCUGUACUGCUCACUCGGGGCCACACUGCUGGAGUCCAGCAUGAUCAAGUUUGAUGAGUUCAUUAAAAAGAUUUCUGGAUUAACAACUGUGCAUGAUGAGAAAAGCCUGGCUGGACCUGGUGAGAUUCCAGAAUACCUCCCAACUCUAUAUGAGUUUCACUUUGAUGGCACACAGGAGAAGUGGGUACCCUGGAGUUCCCUCGUCCCUAAAUACAUCCACAACCCUGAAUUCAAGUUUGCUGAUAUUCUAGUGCCGACUAUCGACACGACCCGAACCAGCUGGAUCCUGGAACAGAUGGUGAAGAUUAAGAGGCCAGUGCUUCUUGUUGGAGAUUCUGGCACCUCCAAGACAGCCACCAUUCAUAACUUCCUGAAAAACCUCAACACAGAUACAGGAAUUACUCUGAUCAUCAACUUCUCAUCAAGAACAACGUCAAUGGACCUGCAACGAAUCUUGGAGGCCAAUGUAGAGAAAAGGACCAAAGAGAUCUACGGACCUCCAAUUGGGAAGAGACUGUUGGUCUUUAUGGAUGACAUGAACAUGCCAAAGGUGGACAGUUACGGUACUCAGCAGCCUAUUGCUCUCCUGAAGCUGUUAUUGGAUCGAGGAGGCAUCUAUGACAGAGGGAAGGAGCUGAAUUACAAAAUCCUCAAGGACCUUGGUUUUAUAGCUGCCAUGGGAAAGGCAGGAGGGGGGAGGAAUGAGGUCGAUCCCCGCUUUGUGUCACUCUUCAGUGUCUUCAGCAUCCCUUUCCCAGCAGUGGAGUCCCUCCAGCUCAUCUACACUUCCAUCAUCAAGGGCCACACCAGACCUUUUGAGGAUGCCAUAAAGAAGAUUUGUGAUAAAGUCACCACCUGCACGCUUGAACUGUACAACAGCAUCAUCAAAGAUAUGCCACCCACUCCGUCAAAGUUUCACUACAUUUUUAACCUGAGGGACCUGUCACGAGUGUACGACGGGCUAACGCUGACCAAACCUGACAGGUUUUUAACUGUCACCCAGUUUGUGCGUGUCUGGAGAAAUGAGUGUCUGAGAAUCUUUCAUGACAGACUCAUUGAUAAGUCAGACAAAGCCCUGGUCCAGGGACACAUUAAGAACCUGAUCGAGGAGCACUUCAAAUCAGACGUGGAGGCAGUCAUGAGGGACCCGAUUCUUUUUGGAGACUACAAGACGGCCCUAAGUGAGUCUGAACCAAGGGUCUAUGAGGACAUGCAGGACUAUGAUGCUAUCAAAGCCAUGUUUCAGGAGAUUCUCAGUGAAUACAAUGAAAACAAUUCGAAGAUGAACCUUGUACUUUUUGAUGACGCUCUGGAACAUCUGACUCGAAUUCACCGCAUCAUCCGCAUAGACCGAGGCCACGCCCUGCUUGUCGGUGUGGGGGGAUCUGGAAAGCAGUCUCUAACAAAGCUUGCUGCAUUCACUGCUGGCUGUGAGGUGUUUAAGAUAACACUGAGCAGAGGAUACAACGAGUCAAACUUCCGUGAUGAUCUUAAAGCGCUGUACCUGAAGCUUGGCAUUGAAAAUAAGAAGACAGUGUUCCUCUUCACUGAUGCCCAUGUCGCUGAGGAAGGCUUUCUGGAGCUCAUUAACAACAUGCUCACUUCAGGUAUUGUUCCUGCGUUGUUCCCUGAUGAUGAGAAGGAGUCUGUUCUCAACCAGCUACGUGAUGAAGCCCUUAAAAUGGGAUCUGGCCCCUCUAAGGAGAGUGUGUGGCAGUACUUUGUCAACAAGAGCGCCAACAAUCUGCACAUUGUUUUAGGCAUGUCUCCAGUGGGAGACACCCUGAGGACACGCUGCAGGAACUUCCCAGGACUGAUGAACAACACAGUGAUUGAUUGGUUCCUACCAUGGCCUCCACAGGCGUUGCUUGAAGUGGCUGAAUCUUUCCUUGGUGAAAGUCCGAUGAUUCCAGAAGCUCAUUCUGAAGCAGUGAUAAAUCAUGUAUGCAUGGUCCACAGCUCUGUGGGUGAAUACAGCAAGCUUUUCCUGCAGAAACUACGCCGUUGCAACUUCGUUACUCCAAAGAACUAUCUGGAUUUUAUUAACACUUAUUCUGACCUCUUGGAGGAAAAGGAUCAGUACAUCCUGGCUCAGUGCAAACGUCUUGAGGGCGGUUUGGAUAAACUGAAGGAGGCCAGUGAACAGCUGGCAGUCCUGAAUGUCAAACUAGCAGACCAGAAGGUGAUCCUUGCUGAGAAGUCCACAGCCUGUGAGGCCUUGCUGGAUGACAUCACCACAAACACCACUGAAGCUGAGGAGAAAAAGAGUCUCGCAGAAGAAAAGGCCAAAGAGGUUGAAGAGCAGAACAAGGUGAUCGCCGUUGAGAAGAAAGAAGCAGAAAGUUCCCUGGCUGAAGCUCUCCCGGCGUUAGAGGCAGCCCGCCUGGCACUGCAAGAUCUCGAUAAGUCUGAUGUGUCUGAGAUCCGAUCCUUCUUCAAGCCACCCAAACAGGUGCAGGUGAUUUGUGAGUGCAUCCUGGUCAUGCGUGGCUACAAGGAGAUCAGUUGGCAGGCAGCUAAGGGAAUGAUGUCAGAGGCGAACUUCUUGCGCUCCCUGAUGGAGAUGGACUGUGAUUCUAUAACUAACAACCAGGUCAAGACUGUCAAAGGCUUCCUGAAGAAUCUCCAGACGAGCUUCGAGGAGAUGCAGGCCAUCAGUAAGGCUGGAUCAGGAAUGUUUAAGUUUGUAGAGGCGGUCAUGGGCUACUGUGAUGUUGCCAGAGAGAUAAAACCCAAGAGAGAGAAGGUGGCACGCUUGGAAAAGAACUUCUUUCAGAGUAAGCGUGAGCUAGAAGGCAUUCAGAGUGAGCUUACUGAUGUCCAGAAAGAACUACAGGCUCUUGGUGAGAAGUACCACGCUGCUGUCACUGAAAAAGGGAUGCUGCAAGAGGAGGCUGAGCUCAUGGAGAGGAGACUGGUAGCUGCUGACAAACUCAUUUCAGGCCUGAGCUCUGAAAAUGAACGGUGGACACAAGAUUUAGAGGAGCUGAAGCAGCGGCGUGUGCGCCUCCUUGGUGACUGUCUGAUCUCUGCUGCUUUCCUGAGCUAUGAAGGAGCUUUCAGCUGGGAGCUCAGGAAUGAAAUGGUUUACCAAGUAUGGGUUAAAGAUGUGCAGGAGAGAGGCAUCCCCUUAAGUCAGCCUUUCAGGAUUGAAAACCUUUUAACUGAUGAGGUUGAAAUCAGCAGAUGGGGCUCUGAGGGUCUGCCUCCAGAUGAGCUGUCAGUGCAGAAUGGAAUCCUCACCACCAGAGGAAGCCGAUUUCCAAUGUGCAUCGACCCUCAACAGCAAGCCCUCAACUGGAUCAAAAAGAAAGAAGAAGACAAUAACCUCAGGAUCUCAUCUUUCAAUGAUCCGGACUUCCUGAAGCACCUUGAGAUAGCCAUUAAAUUUGGAACCCCAUUCCUUUUCCAAGACGUGGAUGAAUACAUUGACCCUGUUAUUGACAACGUCCUUGAGAAGAAUGUGAAAGGAGCAGAGGGCAGACAAGUCAUCCUGCUAGGCGACAAGGAGGUCGACUAUGAUCCAAACUUUAAACUCUAUCUCAACACCAAGCUGGCCAACCCAAAAUAUUCCCCAUCAGUGUUUGGGAAAUCCAUGGUUAUAAACUAUACAGUGACACUGAAGGGUCUGGAAGAUCAGCUGCUGAGUGUGAUUAUGGGCUUUGAGAAGAAGGAGUUGGAAGAGCAGCGUGAGCAUUUGAUCCAAGAGACGAGCAACAACAAGAAGCUGCUGAAGAACCUUGGUGACUCGCUGCUCAGAGAGCUGGCCACAUCUACAGGAAACAUGCUGGAUAACACUGAGUUGGUUUACACCUUAGAGGAAACAAAGUCAAAAUCCAGUGAGGUAUUUGAGAAACUAAAGCUGGCAGAGAAGACAGCCCUGGACAUCGAUAAACUUCGGGAUGGUUACCGACCUGCUGCCAAACGUGGUGCUAUCCUGUUCUUCGUACUGACAGAAAUGGCUCUGGUAAACAGCAUGUACCAGUACUCUUUGGCCUCCUACCUGGAAGUGUUUGACUUUUCUCUGCGCAAUUCUCUGCCCAACUCUGUCCUGCCCCAAAGACUGAAGAACAUCAUGAACACCCUGACAUACAGUGUUUACAACUAUGGGUGCACAGGCCUGUUUGAGAGACACAAGUUACUCUUUUCCUUCAACAUGACCAUCAAGAUUGAGCAGGCAGAGGCCAGAGUGCCUCAACAGGAGCUGGAGUUUUUCAUCAAGGGAAAUCCAUCCUUGGAAAAGAGCACACGUAAAAAGCCCUGUGACUGGCUUCCAGAGCAGGGCUGGGAGGAUAUGGUGAAACUUGCUGAGCUCUUUCCUGAACAGUUUGGCUCUCUGCCUGAUGACGUGGAGAAAAAUGUGUCUGAAUGGAAGUUUUGGUACGACUUAGAUGAACCUGAAAAGGCUCCAUUCCCCAUGAAAUAUGAGGAGAACCUGUCAGCCUAUCAGAAGUUGCUUCUGCUGCGUUGCUUUCGUGUGGACAGAGUCUUCAGAGCUGUAACCAACUAUGUCACUGUCACCAUGGGUGAAAAAUAUGUCCAGCCUCCUGUGAUCAGCUAUGAUGCCAUUUAUAAUCAGAGCACACCUUACUCUCCUAUCGUGAUCAUCCUGAGCCCCGGCUCUGACCCAGGAAGUGACCUUAUGAAACUUGCAGAGAGGUCGGGCUUUGAAGAAAGCAAGAUCAAGAUCCUCGCCAUGGGCCAAGGCCAAGAGAAGGUGGCGCUGCAGUUGCUGGAGAAGGCUGUGGUCCGUGGUCAGUGGUUGAUGCUACAGAACUGCCACCUGCUGGUAAAAUGGCUCAAGGAGCUGGAGAAGUCUCUAGAGAGGAUCACCAAGACCCACCCCAGCUUUCGUCUGUGGAUCACUACUAACCCUAUCCAGGAUUUUCCCAUUGGCAUACUGCAGAAGUCCCUAAAGGUGGUGACGGAGCCUCCUAGUGGUCUCAAGCUGAAUAUGAGAGCCACAUACUCCAAAAUCUCCCAUGAGGCCUUGACUGAAUGCCCACACCCAGCCUUCCGCAGCCUGGUGUAUGCGCUCGCCUUCUUCCACGCUGUCGUCCAAGAAAGACGCAAGUACGGCAAGAUCGGGUGGAAUGUCCCCUACGACUUCAACGACUCAGACUUCUUUGUGUGUAUGGAGAUACUGAACACCUACCUGACCAAAGCUCACAACCAGGGAGACAAAAAAAUUCCCUGGGGAAGUCUGCAGUACCUAAUGGGGGAGGUGAUGUAUGGCGGGCGAGCUAUAGACAGCUUUGAUCGCAGAAUCCUGACUGUGUACAUGGAUGAGUACUUUGGAGACCACCUGUUCUACACCUUCCAAACCUACCACUUCUUCAGCAACAAGGAUGUAGCUUACAAAAUCCCUCCAAAUGGACCGAAGAGUUCAUAUGUUGAUGAGAUUGAGGACAUGCCACUGGUGAACACAGCAGAGGUGCUGGGUCUUCACUCCAAUGCAGACAUGGGAUACUACACGCAGGCUGCUAAAGAUAUGUGGGCUCACCUCAUAGACCUCCAGCCUCAGACUGGACAAUCUGUUGGAAGCAUCAGCAGGGAGGAGUACAUCAGCCAGGUGGCACAGGAUAUUCAGAACAAGCUGCCUGUUUUAUUUGACAUGGAUGUGAUCCGUAAAAAGUUUGGAACUGAUAUUACCCCGACCUCAGUGGUUCUGCUUCAAGAACUGGAGAGAUUUAACAAACUGGUGGUUCGAAUGCAGCGCUCUCUGGCUGAGCUGCAGAGGGCACUGGCUGGAGAGGUUGGUAUGAGCAGUGAGUUGGAAGAGGUUGCUCAGGCUCUUUUUAACGGUCACAUCCCAGACAUCUGGAAGAAGUUGGCACCUGACACUCUGAAGUCCCUCGGCAACUGGAUGGUUCAUUUCAAGAGACGAUAUGAGCAGUAUAGUUACUGGGUGGAUGAGGGAGAGCCAAAAGUCAUGUGGCUGUCAGGACUCCAUAUCCCAGCAUCCUAUCUGACUGCCCUGGUCCAAGCAGCUUGUAGGAAGAACGGCUGGCCUCUGGAUCUGUCCACUCUAUACACACAGGUGACCCAGUACCACAGUGAUGAUGAAAUCAGCGACAGGCCUGGACAGGGGUGCUUUGUGUCCGGCCUGUAUCUGGAGGGAGCAGACUGGGAUGCUGAGAGGGGCUGCCUGGUGAAGAGUAAACCAAAAGUUCUCAUUGUUGAGCUGCCUAUUCUCCAAGUCAUCCCCAUAGAGACACGCUGCCUGAAGUUACAGAAUACACUGAGGACACCUGUGUACACCACAUCCCUGCGAGGGAAUGCCAUGGGUGUUGGGUUGGUGUUUGAGGCUGAUCUGUUCACCCCCAUGCACAUGUCCCACUGGGUGCUGAGUGGCGUCUGUUUGUGCCUCAACACUGACUGAAGAUCCUCCUGUUUGUAUCCUGUUUGAGGACUGGGUGAUCACACCCAGUGAUCACAAUUCAUUAUUUUAGCCCACUGGCAGUAAAAGUAUGCAGUAUUCAGACCCUCUGCACUUUAAUCAGUUUCUUACGUUGUGGCCUGAUUUUUGCAACUUUAUGAAAAAUACAAAACUGAAAUAUGGUAUUGACAUAAGUAUUCACACCCUUUGCUAAAACACUUGAAAUCUACCUUAGGUUCCUCCCAUUUGCUACACCUCAACUGGAGCCCACCUGAUGGUAACUUAAAUUGAUUAAACAUGAUUUGGAAAGGCUUACACCUCACUAUAGAAUAACUUAGAGACGGGAUUGUUGCAAGGCACAGAUCUGGGAAAGACUACCAAAAUGUUCUGUUGCACUGAAGGUUUCCAAGAGCACUGUGGCCUCUAUAAUUCUCAAAUGGAACAAGUUUGGCCUACCAGGACUUUUCCAAAAGCUGGUCGCCUGGCCAAACGGAGGGGAGGAGGCCCUAAAAUGGGAGGAACCUGAGCUAAAUUUCAAGUAUUUUGCAAAGGGUCUAAAUACUUGGGUAAAUGUGAUAUUUCAAGUUUUUAAAUUUUUCGCACAUUUGCAAAAAUUUCUAAAAUUGUGUUUUCACUAUGUCAUGAUGAUGUAUUGAGUGCAGAUUCAUGAGAAUGUAGGUUUUUGUUUUGUUUUGUUUUGUUUUGUUUUUUUACUGUUGCAUCAGGCUGCAACAUACAACAAUUUAAAAAAGUAAAGGGAGUCUGAAUACUUUCUGAAUUAACUGUAUAUCUCAGUUUCCUUUUUUCUUCAAAGAGAUAAAUUGUUAUUGCAAUACUAAUAAUAUAAACUUUGAUAAGACUGUAGUAAAAUCAGAGGGAGCACUGUCUAAAUUGCACAAAUACAUUGGCCAUAUUUAGAAAAGUAGAUGAGGAAAACUCAUGGCUGGCUCCAUCCUUUUUCCAAAUGUUGCCAACACAUUUGUGCAAUACAGAAAGUGUGCAAGAUUUUGCUUGUAAUUUUUGAUGAGAAAAUAACAAGAAAUUGCCUUAUAUUGGAUGGCUUAGACUUUUGUUGCUGUGGAAUCAAACAGCUUUCCCUGUAAUUCUGUUUUUACCAGUAAUAUAAAUGCUUUCUGAAUUGAAUCCUCUGACCAGAAAGCAUUUUACUGUUGGAGGCUUUUACUGUAACCCCUGUUGUGCCAAACAUUAGGCUUGGCAUUUUUUUUUCAGUUAACAUAAACUAUAUUGAUAUAAACGACAUUGCUGUGCCCUAAAUCUCAUUUAAAAUAUAUCAGUAUGUCUUCAUAGUUCAAUAUAUUGCCCAGUCUUAUCCUGUUUCCAUAUUUACAAUACUGUACUUCCUGUCUUCUUAUAAAUGCUUUUACAAUGAUUUAUUCCUCUGAUUCCUUGGCCAUGGAUAGGAGAUAAUUUAUGAUAAGAUGAUUACAUGUUUUUCUAAAUAGAUUGAAGAGAAAUACAGAGGAAUCUGGAUGGUAUUUGGAUCAUCAUUUCAGUCUACAUGUUUUUGCCACUAGAUGGCAGCACAUGACAGCACUGAGCUCUUCACACUGGGCUGCAGCUCCAGGGCUUUGUCUACUGUAUAAAAAGCUUCAU